UCUGACGAUCCACGUGUCGCCGUUCAUGGUCCAUUCUCAAGAAGACUAUUUAUGUAUUGCUAUCUGUAAAUGGACAUACACUCAAAUAAAUAAAUCCAUUGUCAUCGAUCAAUCCAAUAUCAUGUCUUCAGUUAAUGUUUCAGACUCAACCCCAUCAUUGCGUCUCAAGAAGAGCAAGAAGGCUGACUGUUGUCCUGACUAUUUUGGUCUACGGGUCAAAGCUUGCUCCGAAAAAAUGAAAAAAGAGGAAGCAGAUUAUAAAGAACAUUUAAUGGCAAUUCUUUCUUCAGCUGAUUCACUUGGUCAAGUUCAACAGAUAUUAAGUGACAAAGGGGAACUAUCGGAACGUAUGAAGAAAGUCUUUGAUAAAGCUAUAAAUCAAGAAAAAGAAGAACAAAAAACAGCAUCUGAAGUGCCCAUACAACGUAUCAUAAAAAAAAUUCGAAUAAUGAAAAAACGUGAUAAACACAAUGAAUUACUCGAAUUAUUACGAAAAAAUGAAGUUGAAUUGAACAAGACCGAAUCUGGUAUAUUCUCAGUAAUAACAUCACCUCAGAGAAAGGAAAGACAAGCUCUUUUGGCUAGACAAUUACCUCUUGUGGCAGAAUACUUAUGCAUUCUGAAAAAAAUAAGUCCAUCUUCUGACAAAGGUGCAGCAAAACUUCGGUCAGCCGACAGCUGGCCUGAUUAUCCAGACUUUGACACUCAAGAAUCAGAUACAGAUGAAUCGGAUUCAGAUGAAUCAGACUCAGAUGAAAAAACAUACGAAGAAUUUCCAAAAAUGGAAGACAGUAAAUUUACAAGUACAGAAGACUUUCAAAUGCAUGUAUUCCAGCAACAAUCUUUUUUUUAG